CCACUUUUCAAAUAUGCCAGUGAGAGCAUAUCGAUUCUAGUACAAGAAAGUUAACCAACGACUUCGCACGAGCAGUUUGUGAGUUACGUCUUCUUUGUUUAAAAUAAUCUGUUAUAAAUAAUAGAUAACAUGGAAUCUGCUAUUGUUCAUCUUGAACAAAGCGUGCAAAAAGCUGAUGGAAAACUAGACAUGAUUGCAUGGCAAAUUGAUGCUUUUGAAAAAGAAUUUGAAGAUCCUGGUAGUGAGAUUUCUGUGCUUCGUCUAUUACGAUCUGUUCAUCAAGUUACAAAAGAUUAUCAGAACCUUCGGCAAGAAAUAUUGGAGGUUCAACAAUUACAAAAGCAACUUUCAGAUUCCCUUAAAGCACAAUUAUCUCAAGUGCAUGGACAUUUUAACUUAUUACGCAAUAAAAUAGUAGGACAAAAUAAAAAUCUACAAUUGAAAUAAGAUUAAAAUUUUUAUUUAUAUUUAAAUAUAUUUUUUAAAUUAUACUUGAUUUAUAAUUUUUUAUUAUAAAAUUAUUAAUAAUGUUUUAAAUCAAAAAUUAUUAGAAUAACAUCAAAAGAAUGUUAUGUUAGAAUAUUGCAUAUUAUUUAAAAAAUUUAAUAUCUGAUAUAUUAUUAUGAAUAUGUUGAUAAUUAUCAAUAUUAACAUAUAAUUAUUACAAAUAUUUAUAAUAAAUAUAAUCAUUUUAUUUACUUCAUGAUAUAAUAAUAAUUAUAAAAAAAUAUUUGUUUAACAAACAUAUAUAAAUUUAAUAAUACUAAAAAAAUAUAGUUGCAAUUUUUAUAUAUAAAAUUUUUUGUAAUAUAAAAACAGCCAAUAUUAUCUUCCAAAUACUAUUUGUGUCUGAUCAUAAACAUUUAUGAAAGAUUAUGUUAUGUAAAAUAUAUUAAAAUUUUUUUUAUAUUUUAAUAUCUUUGUGUAUAUAUCUAAUAUAAUUAAUUAGAAAAUAUCAUAAUUAUGAUUGAUU